CGGGCCUUGUGCUGGUGUAUAACCAACCCAGAGAAGAGGCCCUCCCACAAGAAGAAAAAGAAAAAGGGAAAACAGCUAACCGCGGCGAGCAAGGAACCCUAAUCGUCAAUCGAUCGAUCGAUCGAUCUCCCAGAUUGAUCCUCGAGAUCGACCAGACCAGACCAGACCAGACCAGACCAGAGGACCCGGCAGAAGCAGAACAAGAAAUCGAUGGCGGCGGCGAUGAGGCUCGGCGGCGGCGCUCUUCUCCGGCGGACGCCUGUGGCGGAGGCAAGGCGGCGCCUCGCCCACACGACCGCGGAGGAGAUGAGAGAGGUGGCGACCCGCGCGGCGCAAAUCGACAAGACCAAGGAGGAGCUGUUCGACAUGGUCAUUGACCUCAAUAGCAACUACAACGUUCCCCACAGCAUGAAACGGAAGCACUUGCUCCUCUCGCAGCGCCUCUCCUCACAAAUCCAGCCUAGACCAUACGACCCAGCCUGGCGUUUCUGUCGACGUACCGAAAGACGCAAUACUUUCUACAAGUUUGUGGGGGUGGCUACUUGUGACCUUGUCGGCUCAGCCGGCCUCUUCUUGCUCCUACACGGACCUCAUCAUCGACCAAAGAAGUGGGUUGUCGACUGGUGGGACAAGCUAACCAGUUAGAAUCCAUCCAUCCAUGCCCUGCUUCAACAACAUAUACUAGCUAGAAUGCCAACAAGACUAGCUUCCUUGUCAUGAGGUUUAUGUUAAUUAGCUUUGCUUGGCCACCAAUUAAGUGCUAUUAUAUGUUUUUUGUCCAACGAUUUGUACUCGUAUUUAUACCAGAGCUAUGCUAGGUGUGCAACUGCUUUACUACUCAACAAAUGUUGCCUCUUCCAAUGACGAGCCAUACGACUCUUUCGAAUUCUGUAAACAUCAAGUAUGAAGUCAGUGUAUCAGAACUUCCUCA